GAGAAAGAGCGGGAAGAGGAGAGGAAGGAGCGGGCGACGAAGGUAUCGCCGCUUUGGCUUCACGAUCGCCAUGGGAGAGCACAGCCAGCGUCGAAAUUCGUCCUCGUUUUCUCGAUGAAUCCACAAGCACUGGGUGGUGAAUGAUGUUGCGGUGAAUGCGGUCUGACAUAGCUUCGCCACAUUUUGGUAUGCAUAGAUGUUUGCUUUAGUCUUUUUGAUGACUAGUAGAAUUAAAUUGUUUCGCGUACAUACAUGUGAUAGGUCCUUCUAAGUUACGUUUCUUUCCUAUAGGCACGUUAGCAUUUUAUUGAGUCAUAAAGGGCAACAUGAUAGUGUGCCUUUUAUUAGCUUAGAUGUGCUAACUUAGAUUGGUUAGGAUAAUAUUUUAGCUUUUAGUGAUUAUAACAAUAAUAAUAAUAAUAAUAAAAUAUAUAUCUUAAUAAAAAAAUAUGUAGAUAACAUAUAGGUAAGCCGAUUCAGCUGAGUCAUCAUGAUGACUUGGUGUAGUCUAAGUUUGAGUUUUUGCCUGGUUUAGAUCAUAGAUUGGCGUUGUUCUAUGAUUUGAACUGAAGGUCUAACCGAGAAAUGAAUCAACACUACGAAGCUUGACAUCAUACUUUACCUGCUAUGUUCGAUAUGGGAUCUCCAAAUGUUCUCUCGAUACUGAACAUUCUGGUUUUGACUAUAUAUUUUGUUAAUUGAGAUGUGUAAUUUACAUGUUAGGUUUAAAUGUUUUAUAUUGAUUAUAUAAGUCCAACAAACACCUUUAUAUUGGUUAAUCGACCUAUAUUAACUUGAUGAGUCUGAACCGGCGAUCUAAAGUAUCUAUGCUCAUGUUAGUGAUAAUGGAUCCAGUCUAACCUUGUUAGUUAAUUCUAUUGUCCUCAAAACUUCAAUGUGGAAAAAAGUUGGAGUUUCACUUAAUUUUUAUCGUUUUCUAGCUCAAAUUCAGGAUGGACAAUGUCCUUCUCAGUUUGUUCCAGAUAAAUGUAUAACACUUGUUUUAACUAGUUCCUCGAUAUAUUUUAGAUGUUUUUAAACUGGUUCAAACCAAACUUUUAACGGUCGAAUCAAAUUAUUAUUUUUGAUUCGAUUUGAUUAAAGUAAGAUAAUUCAAAUCGGAAUCUAUUUGAAUCUAUCUAAUCAAAUCGAUUCGAAAUCGAUUAAUUCAAUUCGUUUGACUUGUUAAUCAGUUUAUCAUUUUAAGUAAUUAAAAAAGUAUUUAAAAAAAUAAAGUAGUUUAAUUUAAUUUAAUUUAGCUGGAAUAUCGGUCCAAUUAUACGACACUAAUAUUUAUAAAAUUAAACAUAUGAUGUUUGUAAAAUUAGGUAUUUAGAUUGAUUUGAUUAAUCGAUUUGAGCCGAUGAAUGGUGGGGGCAAACCGCGUUGAACCUUUCUUCUCCCUGCGAUCUUUCCCGUUUCCUGCGUCCCCUUACCCUGGCGGCUACCGCGUCGACUCUUCCUCCUCCACGCGUCCUUGCAUUUUCCUUCUCCUUCCUUUUUUGCGUUUUCUCGCUUGUUCACCCAAAGAACCAAUCAAACCAAGGGAGGCGUUGGAGCAACAUCGCUAGGUCUCUUCCUGCAUCCAUCCCGUCUCUUUUGUUCCACUCACUGACCUUCUCCCAAUCCCACCUCCACUACUCUCCUCUUUCCCUCACUCUCUCGUCGGCAUUUAUUACGAGUUAUAUGGUUACAGUUGUAGAGUAUUAAGAAAUAAAAGAGGAAAGGGUGUUGAGAGAGAGAGAGAGAGGAGAGAGAGCCUAUCUAUCGUUCAGUGAUCGAGAUAAAAGAAGGGAGGGUGAUCAAAGCGAGGGCCGAGAUGAACAACCUAUUUUCUUCCGCAUCUUGGCGACAAGACGUGGAGUCCGGCGGCGGACGAGGCGCGGAAUUGCAGAUGGCGGCGGGCGGGGCGAACCUGGACAGUUUUUUCGAAGACGUGGAGACCCUCAAGAAUGAUCUGCGGGAGGUGGAGCGCCUGCACCGCAGCCUACACGAGGCAAACGAGGAGGGGAAGUCCCUUCACGAGGCGUCGGCGGUGCGCGCCCUUCGCGCCCGCAUGGACGCCGACGUUGCCCUCGCCCUCAAGAAGGCCAAGUUCAUCAAGCUCCGACUCGAGUCCCUGGACCGCGCCAACGCCGCUAACCGCGCCGUCCCCGGCUGCGGGCCCGGCACCACCACCGACCGCACCCGCACCUCUGUCGUCGCCGGCCUUCGCAAGAAGCUCCGCGACUCGAUGGACGCCUUCGCGGAGCUCCGUUCCAAGGUCGCCUCCGACUACCGAGAGACGGUGGAGCGGCGCUACUACACGGUCACGGGGGAUGUGCCGGACGAGGCGACGGUGGACGAGCUGGUGGCGACGGGGGAGGGGGAGCGGUUCUUGCAGCGGGCCAUCGAGGAGCAGGGCCGGGGCCGGGUGCUGGACGUGGUGGCGGAGAUCCGGGAGUGGCACGGGGCAGUGGCGGAGCUGGAGCGCAGCCUGCUGGAGCUGCAGCAGGUGUUCAUGGACAUGGCGGUGUUGGUGGAGGCGCAGGGGCAGCAGCUGGACGACAUUGAAAGCAACGUCGGCCGCGCCCAGUCCUUCGUCCGCCACGGCACCGAGCAGCUCGGCGCCGCCCGCCAGCACCAGAAGAGCACCCGCAAGUGGACCUGCAUCGCCAUCAUCAUCGUCCUCAUCAUCAUUCUUAUCAUCGUCCUCUCCAUCGUCCUAACCCACACCAACAAUUCGUCCUCGUCAUCGGCCUCCCCACCGUCCUAACCCUCAUAUCUUCUCAAUCAUACUGGUACUUCUUCUAUUUUUGUGAUGCUGUUCUUUGUUUUGUUUUCUUUUUCGGACGAAAUGGAUCACUCGUCACUGGGUGAUUUCUUUC